AUGGAAUGCUUUCGGCAAAUUUUCCGGUGUCUGAAGACACCUUUCAGACGCGAAAAGGGAAGGAUUAUUGAAAUCGGUCCUCCCACUAACUUCCGAAAAGAAGAAUUGCCUGCUUAUUUCUCAGAUGCCGAGUCAGUUCUCUCGCCCAGCCAAAAUCUGACGGAACGAUCAGAUCUGACCAAUCAAUCACAGGACGCUUACGUCCCAGGACAGCCGCACAGCGACCGUAGAGAAGGACGAAACGACGAUCGAAAUGGUAUCUCUACCAUCGCCGACAACGAGCAAGAUGCGGGCCCAUGCUCGAAGGAUGAGCGUAAGACUGUCGUCCACCUCCGAGAGCGCGUAAAGUUAUCUCGAUGGUGGAAAUCCAGCCCAGCUGCAGGCCAUGAAACUAAGGCCUCGGCCGAGUCGAUCGGGAUGGAGGAAAUGCGAAACGCCUAA